UACUUGGGCUUAUAAAUGGGCUGGCGCAUGCUCCGCGUGAUGGGUUGUUUAUGCGGAGGUCCGCAUUCUUCGUGUAGCGAGACUGCGAGAGGCUUCCAGAAUCGCCCAAAGGCCUCUUUUUCUCCCUCACAUAUGAAUGCAGCUUCGACUUGGCAAAAGGCCACUGCGCUCGUCCCAGCGCCCCAGCUAAUCCUAGCUUCGAGAGAGGAGAGGAGGGAGAGAGAGGCAGUAAUGGAGUUGUCGUAUUACAGGUGGAAGAGCUUCAGCGAGGAUGAGGAUCGGCCGGAGAAGCCUCGGCAGUUCGGCGUCACGGAGAUCAGGGGCCCCGACCACUGCCUCGUCGGUCGCCAGGCUUUCGAGGAGAUCUUGGAAUCCAUGGGAGAGUUUGUUGAUGGUUUGAAAUUUUCAGGAGGUUCACAUAGUUUGAUGCCAAAUGAUUUCAUUAAAGAAAUAACAGAUUUAGCACAUAAACACAAUAUAUACGUCAGCACAGGUGAUUGGGCGGAGCAUCUGCUCCGUAAAGGCUCAUCUUCAUUCAAGCAUUAUGUCGAGGAAUGCAAACGACUAGGAUUUGACACUAUUGAAUUGAAUGCUGGAUCUCUUAAACUUCCUGAAGAUGUACUAUUGAGAUUUAUUCGUCUCAUCAAGAGCAACGGUCUUAAGGCAAAGCCGCAGUUUUCAAUAAAUUUUGAAAAGUCUGAUAUUCCUGUACCUGGUCAUCGAGCUUUUGGAGCCUACAUAUCUCCUGUUCCUGAAAGUUCAGAACUAGUUGAAGACGUCGAUUUGCUAAUCAGAAGGGCUGAGCGUUGCUUGGAAGCGGGAGCCGACAUGAUUAUGAUCGAUGCUGAUGAUGUUUGCAAGCAUGCUGAAUCUCUUAGAUCAGACAUUGUUGCAAAGAUUAUAGGGCGUUUGGGACUGCAAAAGACUAUGUUUGAAGCAUCCAAUGACAAGACCUCUGAGUGGUUUGUCAAACGCUACGGACCAAGGGUGAAUCUUUUUGUGGACCACUCCGAAGUGAUGAAUUUAGAAUGUCUCAGAGGUCGCAACUUGGGAAGAAACCAUUCAUCUGUGCUUAGACCAUCUUUUUUCCUGGUUUAAUAAUGCUCUAUUAUACCUAUGCGCGUAUUGUUACUCGUGUUGUAUGUUUUUAAGUGUGAUAGGUCGGCAUGUUACUAAAACUCCGUCGAACAUGACAUCUUGAAUCUAUAUGGUUCACUGCUAUACGGUGCGCUGCUUCAUGUUGCAUUCAACGCUUGUUUUGGACAACGCUUAUGGAAGUGAAAUUUGUUUGGCCUUAAGCAUUUCCAAUA